AUGGAUCAAAUCCCACCGUACGAGUUCCAUAAGUACGUGUUUGCCGCUCGUGCUGCUGUCAUCACUUGCUCUUCGUUUGAGCUCUUGAUGGUUCUGUUCGGAUCACUUGGUGACUGCAACUUCCUUGCCAAACUUUUCUACUUCAUUUUCCUCGGAGGCGCUGCUGCCAUCUCGGCUCACAACAUUGCUCUCAACAUCGACGGACGUGAAGAGAUCAACAAGGUUCUCAGCUCAACUGACAAUGAAGUUCGUGGCAAAUCGGCUGCCAUCGUUCUCGUCCCAGCCGUAUCUGGAAUCUUUGUAUUCUUGUGCGUCUCCGGCCACGCCUUCUUCUCCCUCUUCGUCCUCAUCCACGUCCUUGCUUCGGUUGGACAACUCGGAAUCGAGGCUUAUGAAGUCAGCAAGGGAUCUUCGGGAGGAGCUCCAGUUGCCACUCCUGUCGAAGCCGCUGCUCCACCACCAGCACAGGAUCCGGCUGCUGUUCCACCACCACAGUAG